CGCCCGCGCCGCUCCCCUGCCCGGCUCGCCGGCCCCGGGCGCGGGGGAGCGGCGGAGCCCUCAGCCCGCCGGGUGCAUGGACAGGAGCUCCCUGCUGCAGCUCAUCCAGGAGCAGCUGGACCCUGAAAACACCGGCUUCAUCGGCGUGGAGACGUUCGCCAGCCUGGUGCACAGCCAUGAGCUGCCCCUGGACCCCGCCAAGCUCGACAUGCUGGUGGCCCUGGCACAGGGCAACGACGAGGGCCAGGUCUGCUACCAGGAGCUGGUAGACCUGAUCAGCAGCAAGCGCUCCAGCAGCUUCAAGCGCGCCAUCGCCAACGGGCAGCGGGCGCUGCCCCGCGACGUCCUGCUGGACGAGACCGGCCUCGGCAUCUACAAACGCUUCGUCCGCUACGUGGCCUACGAGAUCCUGCCCUGCGAGAUGGACCGGCGCUGGUACUUCUACCAGCACCGCACCUGCCCGCCCCCCGUGUUCAUGGCAGCCGUGACCCUCACCCAGAUCAUCGUGUUCCUGUGCUACGGGGCCCGGCUGAACAAGUGGGUGCUGCAGACCUACCACCCCGAGUACAUGAAGAGCCCCCUGGUCUACCACCCCGGGCACCGGGCACGCGCCUGGCGCUUCCUCACCUACAUGUUCAUGCACGUGGGGCUGGAGCAGCUGGGAUUCAACGCCCUCCUGCAGCUGAUGAUCGGGGUGCCCCUGGAGAUGGUGCACGGCAUCCUGCGCAUCAGCUUCCUCUACCUGGCCGGGGUCCUGGCAGGCUCUCUCACCGUCUCCAUCACGGACAUGAGGGCUCCCCUGGUGGGGGGCUCAGGGGGGGUCUACGCCCUCUGCUCUGCUCACCUCGCCAACGUUGUCAUGAACUGGGCCGGGAUGCGCUGUCCCUACAAGCUGCUGCGGAUGGUGCUGGCGCUGGUGUGCAUGAGCUCCGAGGUCGGUCGCGCCGUCUGGCUCCGCUUCUCGCCGCCGCUGCCGGCCUCGGGCCCGCAGCCGAGCUUCAUGGCGCACCUGGCGGGGGCCAUCGUGGGCAUCAGCAUGGGGCUGACCAUCCUGCGCAGCUACGAGGAGAGCCUGCAGGACCAGUGCGGCUGGUGGGUGCUGCUGCUGUCCUACGGCACCUUCCUGCUCUUCGCCGUCUUCUGGAACAUCUUCGCCUACGACCUGCUGGGGGCACAGAUCCCCCCCCCGCCG